GUGCCAGUGUGUGGCAUUGCUGGAACCGUCGGUACCUGUGGGUGGCACCGCAGGGCCCGGCCAGCCUUUGUUGACCCAAGAAAGUGCCGUUCCCACCUCUGGUUCCUUGUUGGCCCCAGGAAACGGCAGGUGGGGAGCUGAGCCUUGGCAGGUGGGGAGCAGAGCCUUCCUGAAGCUGUUCUGGAGAAGUCAUUUAUCAAACAAGCCUGCAUGACCUGCCCUGCUGUGUGAGGCUCUGGGAAGGAAGCACCUAGGCCAGGAGGCGGGUCUCUGAACCUGGGGUGGACUCCUCAGCCAGGUGGGGGCGUGGUCCAAGGCUGAAGGCCACACGGUGGUGACCACGUCAUGCACCUUGCAUUCUGGAAUGGACCUCGGGGUGAUGGAGCCCGACGAGGACUACCAGUCCCCCUUUGAUUUUGCUGCCGGGGUGAACAAAGAGUACCUGUACCUGUCCCCCAGUGGAAAUCCAUCGCCACCUGGAUCACCUGUUCUGCAGAAACUUGGUCUGCUGAGAACAGACCCAGUGCCCGAGGCUGGAGAAGAUGCUGCUGCCACGAUCGAUACCACGGAGACCCUGUCCCAGGAGGAGCAAGAGGAGCUAAGGAGAGAGCUUGCAAAGGUAGAAGAGGAGAUCCAGACUCUCUCUCAGGUGUUAGCAGCCAAAGAGAAGCACGUGGCGGAGAUCAAGCGGAAACUUGGGAUCAGUUCACUCCAGGAGUUCAAACAAAACAUUGCCAAAGGGUGGCAAGAUGUGACCGAAACGCCUGCAUACAAAAAGACUUCUGAAACCUUGUCUCAAGCUGGACAGAAGGCGUCAGCUGCUUUUGCAUCUGUGGGCUCAGUCAUCACCAAGAAGCUGGAAGACGUCAAAUUGCAGGCCUUUUCACACUCCUUUAGUAUACGCUCCAUUCAACAUUCAAUUAGCAUGCCUGCUAUGAGAAACUCCCCAACUUUCAAAUCAUUUGAAGAGAAGGUUGAAAACUUAAAGGCAAGUAGAGAGUCCAAAGUAGGGGGGACCAAGCCUGCCGGUGGUGAUUUCGGAGACGUCUUGAAUUCUACUGCCAAUGCUAGUGCUACGGCCACGGAGCCUCAUCUAGAACAGACGCAGGAGGGCCCAUGAGGCCCUGCCGCUGUUCUGCCACCACUGCCAGAUGCUGCCAGCCGGAGCAAGCACAUCUUGUCAACGUUCAUUGCUGUGAAUUACCACCCCACGUGCUUUUAUUUAGCCUUACAUGUUCCUUUGACCAAAUAGUCUGUGGGUUGAACAAAAUAAAAAUAUCUUCACCUCUGUUCCUGGGAAACACCUUUGAUGUGCAUUUCAGGCCAUUGUUUAGGGGGCACCAUUACCAAAACACGUGUAGCACCUGGGGACCCUCACUAGAAUGAUUGGAGAAGCAGCAGGUUGUCAUCAUGGUUUUCCUACUUUCCAAAAUUGCUCUGGAUCUGGGAUGUCAGUUUGAUCUUUGUCUUCUAUAUGGUUUUCUUUUUCUUCUUGUUUUUGAACCUCUGUAUAUUUGAUUCCUAACUAAAAUCAUUCCUUUCAGUUUUCUGAAUCUUGGUUAUAUAAAGUCUUGGCACAGUUUUCUUUACCUCCAAAAGAAGAACUACUAGCUACAAAAAUUGUUUUUGCAUAGCCAUUGUUUUGGUGUAAGGUUGUCUUAUAUCUUGGAUGUCUGAAGACACCAGACUAAGUAGCUGUGCAUCCACUUGUUAUAGUUUAGUAAGUGACAAUAUGUACAGUAAUUCAAACUCCUUAGGGAGUAGAGUGGAACCCUCACAUCCUUUCACCAUUUGUGACAGUAAUCAUUUCAGUGCACUGUCUUAUGCCACUUACAUCAACCUGUUUUUCACCAAAUUAAGUCUGAGUUUCAGAGUUAACUACAGAAUGACAUUCUGAAUCAAGCAGAUUGUAUGAUCAGUAGGCGGAUAUAGGAACACUCAUCAAAUACUCAGUUCAAAAGCCGGAAAGUUUUUUAGAUUUAGUUAGAGGCAAAAAUGCUAAAAUCAAUCACAUUAGGGGAAACAUUCCUGUCUUCAUUUAAUUCAUUUAGCACCAUUUAAAAAUAAAAAGCACACAGAGGUUUCUAACAAAUAUAAUUUGAAAAAAUUUUUAUACUAAGGGGUUGGUGAUAACUCCAGAGGAUUUAAUGCAUUAAUAAAAAUCAGCUCAUUUUCUACUUACAUGUUUUCAGUGUGUUAGAAAUUAUUAAAUAAUUCUGUAGACACUGCCUCCUGCUUCCAACACUGUGUCAGGGCUGAAUGCACCAGAGCCUCUGGAAGGAUGUGCGUGGAGGCCACGGUGCUCUGUUCAUUCUAACAGCUCCUUAUACAUCACCACUACCUUUCCUUCUGCUGUGUAUGGUUAUGGCCUACAAUGUUGUAUUUGUUAUUUAUCAAGUUGUGAUUAUUUUGUUAUUGUUUAUGCCAAAUGUUAAUUGCCAAGCUUGGAGUAACUUAAAGCUUUUUUUGAAAAGCAUGGCUAGAUUUACUUCGGCAGAAAUUAGCUUAUGAAAACCACACUUGAAAAUACACAAGUGUUGACUGUUAUAAAAGAACAUGCUACCCAUCUUGAUGAUUAGAGCUUGUUAGCACUUUAGAUGCAAUUGAAACUCUGCUCUACUAUGUGUGAAAAGCUUAAUAAAUUCUGUAUACCAGUA